CGCCUUGCAGCCCCUUAUCUUGUCCAUCGGGCUCUGCUGGGGCCCCGCGAUUACCCGUGCGAAGAGGAAGUGUGUGGCGAUUGUGUGAUGUCCGCGAACGGCCAGAGUGUCGCCAAUGGCAAUGCCAACGGAUGUGCCAAGAGUGCGCGGCGGGAGUGGCGAGUGGAGGUGUCCAGGAGGGCGCGCCAGACGUGCAAUCCGCUGCGCGAGAUCAUCGAGUUCAUGAACAUCAAGCCCAACCCGGACAAGUCCCUCAUUCCGCUGUCCAUCGGCGAUCCCACGGUGUUCGGCAACAUGAAGGCCUGCCAGGAGAUCCAGGACGCCGUGACCAGGGCCGCCGCGGACCACGCCAACAACGGCUACAGCCAGAUCAUCGGCUCCCAGGCGGCUCGCGAGGCUGUUGCCAACUACAUGAACCGCUCGCAGCACUCCAUCACAGCCGACGACGUGAUCAUCGUCAACGGAUGCUCGAGUGCCGCCGAGAUGGCGCUCGUGGUGCUGGCCAAUCCCGGCCAGAACGUCCUCUGUCCCUCUCCCGGCUACACCGUCUUCCGCACAGUGUCGCAGGCGCACGACAUCGAGUUCCGGCCGUACAAUCUGCUGCCGGAUCAGCGCUGGGAGGCGGAUUUGCAGCAUAUGGAGAGUCUGAUCGAUGAGAACACCGUGGCCAUCGUGGUGAUCAAUCCCAGCAAUCCCUGCGGCAGCGUCUUCAGCCGCAGCCACCUGGAGGCCGUGAUAGCGCUGGCGGAGAAGCACUGCCUGCCCAUCAUUGCCGAUGAGAUUUACGAGCACAUCGUCUUCAACGGCAAGAAAUACUACUCUUUGGCUCCUCUGUCGAAGAACGUCCCGGUGAUUCAGCUUGGAGCUAUCUCGAAGAGAUUCCUGGCUCCCGGCUGGCGUCUGGGCUGGAUCAUCCUGCACGACAGGAAUGAUAUUCUGAAGGAGGUCCGCGGCAAUCUGGCCAAACUCAGCGGAGUGCCUCUGUGUCCCAACACCAUCGUGCAGGGCGCGCUUCCUGCCAUCCUCAAGAAUACUCCGCAGUCCUUCUACGACGACAUCAAUCUCCAACUCCAGGCCACCGCCAACAUUGCCUUCGAGUUGCUCUCCCAGAUCGAAGGCAUGAAGCCCGUGAUGCCCGACGGAGCGAUGUACAUGAUGGUGGGCGUUGAUCUCAAGCACUUCCCCAAAUUCAAAGACGGUCUGGCCUUCGUCAAGGCUCUGGUGGAGGAGGAGAGUGUCUUCGGGCUGCCCGGCGACUGCUUUGGCCUCCCCAACUUCAUUCGCAUCGUCAUAACCAUUCCGGAGGAGAAGAUGAGAGAGGCUUGCACGCGAAUUGAGAAAUUUUGUACAACUCACCGUUCAGUGAAUCCCAGAGAUUGAGAAUUAUUUGUCUUGUGAUUUGCUCUGUAAAUAGUGUCAAUGUGUUUUACCACAACAGAAGGCCAAUAAAAGUAUUUCA